AUGAUGAGUCCUUGGUCAUACCUGUUUCUGCUGUCAUCUGGGGUCUUACUUGUCGGAUUAUUAGUUCAAAGAAAACUGAAGCAGGUGCCUGACUUUGUAACAGAAGUGCAUUCAGAAUAUGACUACAUUAUAGUUGGUGCUGGUUCUGCUGGCUGUGUUCUGGCAAACCGGUUGUCUGAAACAUCUUCAAAGAAAAUCCUUCUCUUGGAAGCAGGAUCGGAUGACAGGCAGUAUCCAACAGUAUCCAUUCCAAUACAUGCUUACAGUUUAGCCCAUUCAUCUGUUGAUUGGGACUAUUAUACCGUUCCUCAAAAGCAUGCCCUAAAAGGCUUCAGUGAACAGAGAGGCUGGUGGCAUCGAGGCAAAAUCCUGGGUGGGACUUCCAGCGUCAAUGAGAUGUUGUAUUUGCGAGGUUUGCCUCUGGACUAUGAUAAAUGGGCAGAAAAUGGGGCCACAGGCUGGUCCUUCAAAGAUGUACUCCCAUUUUUCUUGAAAUCAGAAAAUAAUGAAAAUGCCGACUUUGUUAAAACUGGUUUUCAUCAAAUGGGCGGUCCUUUAAAAGUGGUCAGAUCAAAAACUCACAGUCUAACCAACUUCCUGCUGCGUUCAGGCAAGGAAAUGGGUUACAAAAUCAUAGACAUUAAUGGUGCUGGCACAGAAGGCAUUGUUGAGGUUCAGUCCACACUCCAUAAAGGGGUCAGACAGAGCGCCUCCAGAGCUUUCUUAUACCCUGUGUUGUCCAGGGAGAAUCUCCAUGUUAUGGUUGAUUCCUUAGUAACAAAGAUUUUGAUAGAGGACAGCCGGGCUGUGGGUGUUGUGUUAUCUCAUAACUCUACAGACAUAGUAGUCAGAGCUAGACAUGAGGUCAUACUGAGUGCUGGAGUUGUGGGAUCUGCACAGCUGUUGAUGUUGUCUGGGAUUGGGCCCAGAGAUCAUCUAGAUAGCCUUAAGAUUCCAGUUGUAGCAGAUCUGCCAGUAGGCAACAACCUGCAAGAUCGGUUGAUGUUCGACUUUCCUGUUGCUGUAACCCAGCCUGUCACUAUUACACCUGAGAGGCUUCAGUCGUUUUGGGAGCUGGUCAAAUAUAGACUGGUUGGGAAAGGAAUUUUUGCUUCUCCGAAUGGUGUUGAAGUAGCAGUUUUCACCAACAGUGACAAGAAUAAAGAUACCAAGUGGCCGGAUUUACAGCUGCAAUUUAGGGGAAUUUUGUCAAAUGCAAGUCAUUAUCAAAUGUUUGGCUAUUCAAAUGAAACAAUAUCUGAGAUAUCAGAGAGAUCCAAGUUCACAGAUGGCUUUAGUUGCUACAGUAUAUUGCUGAGACCCAGCAGCAGGGGCACAGUUAGACUCAGCAGUACCAACCCUCACCAGCAGCCACUGAUUGAUCCAAAUUAUUUAGAGAAAGAUGAGGACGUGGAAGUUUUGUUAUCAGGCAUAAAGCUUUGCAAGCGUUUCAUAGAGGCCACAUCUAUGAAGAAAAUUGGGGCCAGGUAUGCAGACAUACCUGCACAGUUAUGUAAAGCAUUUGCAUUUGAAAGUGAUGAUUACUGGAGGUGCCUGAUACGAGCAAGGGCUCAGCCAGCCUUCAGCGCAGUGGGAACAUGCAAGAUAGGAGAUGUACAGGAUAAAACGACAGUUGUGGAUCCACAGUUAAGGGUAAAGGGUAUCAAAGGUCUCCGGGUUGUUGAUUCUUCAGUUGCUCCAUUGAUCACAUCAGGUGGUACUCACAUUCCAACAAUUAUGAUUGCUGAAAAAGCUUCUCAUCUCAUCAAAACAUGA